UGCUGUGGCCGGGCUGCCGCCGCUCCGCAGCCUCUUACCACUGCUGCACCUCACCCCGCCCGGCAGCUUGGCUCGCCUGGCCAUGACCCCGGCUCCCCCAGGGACCCUGGCCCAGCCCUGAGCUCUGGGACCCCCAGCCCCCUCCCCUGGGCCAUGGCCAACUCGGGCCUCCAGCUCCUGGGCUAUUUCCUGGCCCUGGGUGGCUGGGUGGGCAUCAUCGCCAGCACAGCCCUCCCGCAGUGGAAGCAGUCCUCCUAUGCGGGCGACGCCAUCAUCACCGCCGUGGGCCUCUACGAAGGGCUCUGGAUGUCCUGCGCCUCCCAGAGCACCGGGCAGGUGCAGUGCAAGCUCUACGACUCGCUGCUUGCCCUGGAAGGUCACAUCCAGUCAGCAAGAGCCCUGAUGGUGGUGGCUGUGCUCCUGGGCUUCGUGGCCAUGAUCCUCAGCGUCGUGGGCAUGAAGUGCACCCGGGUCGGAGACAGCAACCCCCUCGCCAAGGGCCGCAUUGCCAUCUCUGGGGGGGCCCUCUUCCUUCUGGCCGGCCUCUGCACCUUGACUGCAGUCUCAUGGUAUGCCACCCUGGUCACCCAGGAGUUCUUCAACCCGAGCACCCCUGUCAAUGCCAGGUACGAGUUUGGCCCAGCCUUGUUCGUGGGCUGGGCCUCUGCCGGCCUGGCCAUGCUGGGGGGUUCCUUCCUUUGCUGCACGUGCCCAGAGCCUGAGAGAGUCAACAGCAGCCCGCAGCCCUACCGGCCGGGCCCCUCAGCUGCAGCCAGAGAACCAAUUCUUAAAUUGUCUGCCUCCUCCAAGGCCCCCCUGGGUGUGUAAUGCCCAGGCCCCCAGCCUGGCUGUCUCCCUGCCACACCCAGACUGUGUGUUUGGUGCUUUUUGGAAAGAGAAGUGAACACCCAGCCCCAAGUGUGGUGUCAUUUGAUGUGUCCCGGGCAUGGCCAGGGUGGGGGCUGGCUCAGAGAGGUCAGAGCUGGUCCCUGGGGUUGUUAGGCAUAGGAUGGGGAGACAGGUCCAGGGUGGGUUACACAGUGGCCGAGGCUGACCAGGACUCCUGCCCAGUAACCUCCGCAGCCCGGCCUUGGGUUGGCCCUAGGACCUCCUAAUGGGAGACCCCACCCUGAGGCCUGGCCCAGCACUGGGCAGCAUCCCCCGGUCAGGGAGCCCCGGACCUAAAGAGAGAUGCAGUCCCACCCCUGUUCCUAGGUGUGCCCCUGGGACAGGUACCCACCCGCUUAGUCUAAAAGGGGGAGAGGCCUCAGAGGAAUGCAGGGGAAAUAAACCCAGAUCCGUUCCUCCCCUCCUGCUCAGGCCUCUCCCACCCCAAACGUCCUUCCCGGACCCCCAGUCUCUCUCUGGCCACCGCCUUCUCUCUCCCACGCGGAAAGAGCUGACGCGAUGGUCCCUUGCCUGCCCGAUGCCCUCCUCAGCCAGCUUCCUUCUGAUUCCUCCACCACUUUUUGUGACCACCUCUCUCACCGAGUCACAGAUCCCAGGACACAACCCAGCCUUCUCCAAGCUUGACUCUGAGAGAUGAAUUCUGACAAGAUGACUGUCGUGGAUGCUCGGGGGGAGGGGGAGGGGGAGGAGGAGAGCUGCUGUGGGAUCAUGGGUGUGGGCCCUGGCUGGACAGCUGCUGCACAUCUGUGUGGAGUCUCUGGAAUGGCUGUUGCAUGAAGCCCAUCCAGCCUCUGGCCAGAGGGGGCGCCAGAGAGGGCCCCGAGUGUGGCCCCAAAUGGUUUACAGGACGGCCGCCCCUCCCGUCAUGGAUGAGUACGAAAGGGUCUUCUGGCCUGAGUUCCAGCCUGAGCGAUAACUCAGCAGCUCUCACCUCUGACGCCCAGGCUCCACCCUGACACCCCCAUGUAAUCGGCCUGGGGUGACCUGGCAUCCGAGCUCAGGCAGCUCCCGAGGGACAGCAGCGGUCAGCACCUCUGUGAGGCCUAAAGUUGGGGCCACAUUUUUCGCCACUCUGAGGGGUCUCAGAGGAACAAGGCACCUCCGAGGAGAGGCGAGGAGGACGAAAGGAAGCCCUGUCUCCCUCUGCCUUUCCUGAGACCCCGAGACCAGGCUGUUCCCCGAGUCUCCCAAUAA